CGGUUCUUGUUUCACACAUGUUCGCGCAUGGCGGAGCAGUGCGGUGGAGAAAGCGUGCUUCACGAGUAGAAAUCCGUCUAGCCUUCUUAAAAAGCCAUUUCAGAAGCGAAUGUUUCGCACGGUAAAUGUGUUAUGACUUUCUGACCUCACGGCGGGAACACUGCAGACACUUUAGCAAGAGAAGUCAAGUAGAAGGUUUACGAAGAUGGGCCUCACUGCGUCGCACCCGAGAGAGGUGAAUGGGCCCCUUGGAGCGGCUACAGUCCACACGCGCUCCGAGUCGUCAGAGCAGCAGAAGUCGCCGCCAUCCGAGUGCCCCAUGCAUGGUCUCUGUGACGAGAUCACGGGCCAGUCUUCUAAGGACAAGCCACAGCAGCCAUACCGGAGCGAGUGCCCAAUGACUGCAGCCGCCUCGGGCGACGACAUCAACCCGGCCAACAUGAUGCCGAGCCCCAACCAGCAGCCAGCGCCAGACCAGCCGUUCCCGCUGCCGACCGAGCGGCAGCGGUCGCGCAUCCCCAAGGCCGGCGGGGCGGAGGGCGAGACGUGGGAAUACCCGUCGCAGCAGAUGUUCUGGAACGCCAUGCUGCGCAAGGGCUGGAAGUGGCGCGAGGCCGACCUGAAGCCCGAGGACAUGGCGCACAUCAUCCGCAUCCACAACGCCAACAACGACCACGCCUGGGAGGAAGUCCUCAAGUGGGAGGCACUCCAUGCAAAGGAGUGCUGCACACCCCGUCUGAAAAAGUUUGGAGGUAAAGCCACGGACUACUCGCCUCGGGCUCGGAUACGAAGCUGGCUGGGGUACGAGCUACCCUUCGACAGGCACGACUGGAUCGUCGACCGGUGUGGCAAGGAAGUCCGCUACGUCAUCGACUACUACGACGGCGGAAUGGUCAACGCGGAAUCGAGCCGCUUCGCGCUCCUCGACGUUCGGCCCGCCUUCGACUCCUUCGAGAACAUCUGGGACCGCAUGAAGGUGGCGUGGUGGCGAUGGACGGUAGCAAGCGAGCCGGAAUCCAUCUCCGAGACGGUCCAAAGCCAACAACAGGGCACUGCAGCUAGCCAUUAGGACUCCCAGUGUAGAAUCUUCACCAGUCUCGCUCACAUACAUACGUCGGAGGUAGGCGUGCAUGUAGCUUGCAGGUGUGCUGUGGAACUUUUCAUUCUUAGGAAUUCGCGACGUGUACCUAUCAGCACGUCCUACUUAAAUUAUGCGUACAAUUCGAAGAAGUGUCCAGCAAACCUUGUCGCGUCUCCUGUUGGUAUGCGCAGCUUAUUCCAUGCAAAAUCAUGAUGCAUUAAAAUUUUUUCCAUGAUUCUGUCUAUAUGAAUUUAGAACGUGUCUGUCAAGCUGCUCACUCCGGUUGAAACACACAAAGUUAGGCUUUGGGUUGCAAGACGGACCUACGCUAAUUUACUUGGCUGAAAAAUGCAACAAAUACGAUUCCAAAUAACUAAUGCACAAUGGAAAAUCUUAAAAAAGGUCUCUCUUGUCACAGCCAUUUCGCAAAUGCAAUUUCAGGCAAAAUUAAUGUCUCCACACUUUCAACGCAGUACACACGUUAGUUGGGGAGGCUGCCGAAAAUUUCUGGAUUGCAAUGUUUGCUGCUAUGCAUGCAAAGCAGUCGCACCAGGACUUCAAUUUUCUUAGCCUUGACCGCGAGAAAACCAUGUUUCAGUCAAGCACGUCUCCGCCUAGCACAUCAUAAUUUUUUCUAUUGGUCCCGCGAUAAUUUCUACCUAUAAGAUUGCCUGUUCUGAGAACAUUUCAUACUACGACAGUUAGCAGCUGUUCGUUGUUCUGAAUUUUAAUACGGUUUACUAUUCGACACUUACCUCUAGUCAAUCAGGAAUAUGUACUUGCUCAGUUUUGAAGCAUUAAAUAAACAGUAGCGUUUACACAACCCUG